AAAAUCCCGACCGCGCGGGCUUCCGUAGGCAACAAGAGCGAAGGGACCAGCUCGCAGCUUCAUCCUCAGAGCAUCUUUUCCAGCUUUCCUAUCAUCCUCACCCAAACAAACCAACAGCGCGAUGACGGAAAAUCCGGACAAAUCGGAGCUCAUUUCCUGGCUUUGGAUGCUGGUUUCGUUACGGGUCGGGUUCGGAUUUCGGCUCAACGUGAGGCUGCUUCCCCGAUGAGGAGGAGAGGACGUAACAGUCUGCGUGUUCACACACACACACACACACACGCACACACAAAGAACAUAGUUUUCCUGAGCAUAGCCUGAACUGAACCUCAAGGCUUUUUUUAAGGAGGGUUUUAUAAAUUUAAUGCAACGCCGAUUUGUUGUCCCCGGCUCAUGCGAAGAGAAUGCGAGCAGCUUUGCACAGAAACAACACAAAGGUUUGUGACUACCUUCUUGGAGCCAUGAGGAAUAAAGCCUUUCCAAUGGACAUAACAACACAUCCUCGUUACAGAUGAAUAUUUGUGCCGUCAAUCCGUUCACCAAUCAUUCAGAAAUCUUCAAUGCAAGAAACAACGUUUUCAGUAAUUGGAAUGUGUUAAAAAUGGAGUACCCCAAGGCUUCAGCUGCCACUUGACACAUCUAUAUCUUUGGUUAGAGAAAGUGGAGGCUGAUCACAAUCAAACCAGUCUUGCUGAUAGCAGAUGAAGUUGCUAAAGUGGUCUUCCACUCCUCAUCAGUGACCCAAUGACUCAAGUUCAGAGAACUAAGUACCAACGAUCCACAUGAGCUCAUAAGAGAUCCGACAGCAGCUGAUAUCACCUGGAGAAACAACAGAAUGACUGCAUUCCCGUAGCUUCACCUCACCACGCCAGCAUUGCCGUGGCUGGCCGUCACAGGACGGCCACCUCCGUUUGUCAUGACCCGGCUGAUGUUGGGCCGGACUCUGGAGCGUAUCUGCAAAGGCGUCCUGCUGCUCUGCCUGCUCCACUUCCUCAUCAUGAUGAUCCUGUACUUUGACGUCUACUCGCAGCGGUUUGACCUCUUCAGCCGCUUCAACAACGGCAGAAAUGGGUCGAGGAAUAACAGCAGCGGAACGGGCAGCGGACAUCAUUAUUACUACUUCAACCUCUCAAGACCCAAUGCAACAUCAGCCACCUAUCUGGCCGCAGGUGAACAGCUGGUGCCAAGUCUGCAGCCUGAGAACAACCAGACACCUUCUCCCAAACCGCUGCCACCGUGUCCAGAGAACCCACCAGGCCUCGUUGGGCGCUUGCUGAUAGAGUUCAGUUCCCAAAUGACGAUGGAACGAGUACAGAAAGAAAACCCAAACGUCACAGACGGAGGCCGAUACAAGCCACCCGACUGCAGGCCGAGAUGGAAGGUUGCCAUCAUCAUCCCGUUCCGUCACAGAGAAAAUCACCUGAAGUACUGGCUCCACUAUCUCCACCCCAUCCUCAGACGGCAGAAAAUUGACUACGGCAUCUACAUCAUCAACCAGCUGGGUGAGGAUACGUUCAAUCGUGCAAAGUUGCUGAAUGUUGGCUACACGGAGGCCCUAAAGGAUGCCGAGUACGACUGCUUCAUCUUCAGUGACGUGGAUCUGAUCCCUAUGGACGACCGGAACCUCUAUCACUGUUACGACCAGCCGAGACACUUUGCCAUCGCAAUGGACAAGUUUGGCUUUAGGUUGCCCUAUGCUGGCUACUUUGGAGGAGUUUCGGGACUCAGUAAAAAGCAGUUUCUUAAAAUCAAUGGCUUUCCAAACGAAUACUGGGGCUGGGGAGGGGAGGAUGAUGACAUUUAUAACCGGAUCACUCUCAACGGGAUGAAGGUGUCCAGGCCAGACGUUCGCAUCGGCCGCUACAGAAUGAUUAAGCAUGAGCGGGACAAACACAACGAGCCAAACCCACAGAGAUUCAACAAAAUACAGAACACAAAGAACACGAUGAAGAAGGACGGCAUCAGCUCCUUGACCUACAAACUGGUUCAGGUGAAGAAGUAUCCAAUGUACACAAACAUCUCCGUGGAGAUCGGCAAGCCGCCGCCUCGACCCAUCAAAGGCUAGAGAGAAUUAAAGCGGGAAGGCUUUAAAGUUGACGCACUUUCACCCGGAGAGAGGAGAGGAAAGAAAGGAAGGUGUGACAAAGAGAAAGAUGAUGCGGCGUUCUCUUUUUCCCCCUCUGUUUGCUUAUUUGAGAUUUCCGCUUGACAUUUCGUACUUUUUGUAGGGCUCUGGCUUUCUCCAAUUAGGAACACCAGCUGCCGCCCGGUAACAGUCUGUGAUGGUAAAAAGUAAAAAACAAACACAAAAAAAACUGAGCUAUAAUAUCAGCAGCUGACAGAAGGUCGUUGUCAAACUCGAGACUGGUUCCAUGAAGGGUCAUCUGUAAACUGCAGGGCGUCCAGCCACAUAUCGUCAGGAACACCAUCCAUGGGUACUAUGAAAGACUUUGGCCUGUACUGGAAACGCACGCACAAUGACUCAGUCUCAUUUUAAACAAAAAGGCAAA